CUGAGCAGCAGCUUGAGCAGCCACGAAGAAGAAGUGGAGGACAUGCGCAUCACCACAGGAAUUCAUGGCGUUCAGUCAGUCUGAAUAAUAGCAAAGAUACUCAACUGUCUGAUAUUAGUCAUUUUAGCUGGACUCCAACACAUUGACUUCAGGUGCUUUGGGAGGCGGUUUACUGACGGACUGUAAUUUAAAAUGGCGAACUCUGCCUGGUCAGAGAAAAUACUCGCUCUGCUCCGCCGAAUGAACAACUUUUAUUUACCAGGCUCCGGUCGUGCUGCCUGCUACAGGUUCGAGGUAGACGGGGCGCAGGUCGGCUGGAUUCCUCCUGACGUAGCUUCGCUGCUGACUCGGUAUCCGGAGGUGUUCAGUCCUCCGCAAGGUGGCGCUGUGUCUCUGUGUCACGGUCUGGACUCGUACGGGAAGAGGUCUGAGGCUGUGGACGCUGUCCUGCAGACUCUCAGACAGGACAGCUCUCUGACCUGCCUGAGGGGGUGGAGAGAUGAGAAGUACAGUGUGAUGCCUAAAUUCUCCGACCCUCCUCUGAUGUGGAUGGAAAGAGCAGCUACCUGUCUGUUUGGGGUGAAGCGGUACGGAGUCCAUAUCAAUGGAUACACUGUCAGUGACAGUGGGGAAGUCAGCAUGUGGCUGGCACGACGCUCGCCACACAAGCAGACGUACCCUGGACUACUGGACAAUGUGGCAGCAGGUGGUCUGGCUGCUGGCGUUGGCAUCAAACACACUCUAGUAAAAGAAUGUCAGGAGGAAGCGUGUAUCCCAGCAGCCAUUGCUGAGAAGGCUCAUCCUGUAACCACAGUAAGCUACACCUACGAGGAUGAGGAGGGGGUGUUCGCUGAAAGUCAGUUUGUCUUUGACUUGGAGCUUCCUCUCGAGUUCAAGCCCAAAGUGGGGGAUGGAGAGGUGCAGGAUUUCUACCUGCUGCCUAUUGAUAAGGUGAAACAGUUGCUGUCCUCCGAUGACUUCAAACCCAACUCUGCCAUGGUGGUCCUGGACUUCCUCAUUAGACACUCGUUUAUUGAGCCUGACACAGAGCCAUGCUAUCAGGAAUUUGUGGCCGGACUCCAUCAGACAUUAGAGUGAAGCUGAGGACUGAGCCUGUUGACACCCUGUGCUGCUUUACAUUGUUUACAUUUUUCCCAGCACAUCACCUCACAGGAGCCGACCUUAGUGCUGCUGACUGAACCUGGUAACUGGAAGACAAGACGGGGACCUGAGGGGAGCGGUUCACAUGAUGAUGGCUGAUCUGAGUGAUGGAUGCUGUCGUGCAAAAUUCUGCUUGGACAGUUUAGACACGGGACUGUCUACAGUGUCCAGAUGUUGACUCUCUGAAGAUGUGUCAAAAUAUUUUAAACUAUGAACAGAAUUAGUCUUGUGUACAGGUGCAGAGUCAGUCAUAAUAACUACUGUAACUGUAAGACAAGAGAUGGUUGAAAUUAUAAAGUAUAUCGGUUCAAAUGAACAUAUAAACUCUUGCUGCUGAUUGAAACUCCUCUGCUGAACAUUUAGACAUUCAGUCAGAUCCCUAAAGGCAAGUUUGGAUUGCAACACAAUUAAUCAGUGUUCAAGUCUAAGAAUUUUACUAUUUGAAUUAAUGUUGUGCUUUGUUUAGUUGCUGAGUUAAAACAUACAGAGACUUAAGAAAGAAAGCCUUUGAGCAUUGACACCACUGGCAGAAUGGCACAACCUCCUAUGUUAUUUCAACUGUCUAUUAUGUUUUGUUUUCUAAGUCACUGUGUCUUCCUUGUCACUCCUUGUUUGUCAUGUUAUUUCACCAAUUAAAAUAAUAAGGCACCAGUGGCAGGA